AUGCGCUGUGUGGCGGCGCUGUGUUUGUCCGUUCUUGCGACGCUUGCCGUCGCUGCCGCCGAGUCUCACGACACACCACCCCAGCAGACCGACAACGAUAUCCAAUUAACAGAAGAAGACAAGCGAGCAUGGACAAGUUUACAGGGGGGGUGGGGCAAGCGAGCAUGGCAGGACUUGAAUUCUGCCUGGGGAAAGCGGGCGUGGCAGGAUCUCAAUUCUGCCUGGGGUAAACGCGCCUGGCAAGACCUCAACACCGCGUGGGGCAAAAGGGGUUGGCAAGAUCUAAACUCUGCCUGGGGGAAAAGGGGAUGGCAGGAUCUAAACUCAGCGUGGGGUAAGAGAGGGUGGCAAGACCUAAACGGUGCGUGGGGCAAGCGGGCAUGGACGGAUAUGUCGCAACACCCAUGGGGAAAGCGAGCAUGGCAAGACCUUAACACUGCUUGGGGAAAGCGAGGCUGGCAAGACAUGAGCUCAGCGUGGGGCAAGCGUGGCUGGCAAGACAUGAGCUCUGCGUGGGGCAAACGGACACCUGACAACUGGGCUAACUUGCACGCGGCGUGGGGCAAGCGGUCACCUGAGCCCGACUAUGAAGACUAUGAACUCAUUACUGAUCGCGGCCUACCCUUACAGCAGCUACAACCGUUGGAAGCCGACCAGCGAGGACUAUCGGAGGCGCCGGAGAAGCGAGCGUGGUCUUCUCUCCACGGGGCCUGGGGCAAGCGACCCGUCAAGCAGGCGCACUAUAACAACGGAGCAUAUUACUGGAAGCGCGAGCCGGGCUGGACGAACCUGAGGGGCAUGUGGGGCAAACGAUCGAUGUCCCCCUCGCACGAGGACCACGGUAACACUUAA